AUGGCAACAAAUUCAAAAGAUUGGGGAAGGGGUGAAGACAAGCACAUUUAUCCUGUGAAUCUCAAAUUUCCUCUUCAUGAUAAAGAGAGACUUGAGAAAUGGUUGCGGAACAUGAAACGAGAUGCCUGGACUCCAAGUAAGCACCAGCUGCUCUGCAGUGAUCACUUUACCCCCGAUUCCCUUGAUGUGCGAUGGGGCAUACGAUACCUGAAACAUACUGCUGUACCAACGAUUUUCGCUUCCCCAGAUGAUGAGGAAAAAGACUCUUCUCAGAACACCCCGCAAGACACAAAGAGAGAAGACCUGGAAGAAAAAACUAGAAAUGUAGAGUCAGAGAAGGCAUCUGUAUCACUUGAACCUUGUACACCAAAGAAAAAUCCUGUAAUUGCAGAAAAUGCAGAUGAAAAAGCAGAAGUAGUUUGCCUUGCUGCAUUGAGUAAACCUUUACAAAUUCAAAACCUGCAACUUCAAAACAGAGACGACUUUCAGGCAGACAGCGUUAUUCUUGAUGAUUCAUCUAAGCAGCAUAUAUAUCAACUUAAUCCUGUUUUAAUGGCAGCAGCAGUCCAGAGCGUGGAAGCUGCCAGUGUUCAUACUUCUUUAGAGGAUCCAGUAGGUUGUACAGCUACAGUCUUGCAAUUUACAGACCCUGACUACUUGAAUUCAUCUCUGAAACUGCAAAAUGCUUUAGGUUCAAUUACUGACUCUGCAAUUGAAAAUCCUAACUCUCACGUUGUAGGCUGUUCUGUUGAAGUACAGCCAACAAGUGAAAACGCAGUUUUACUGAGUACAGUCACACAAACUAUUGAACAGUUCAGUGGAAGUGAAGAAUCUGUCAUUGCUAUCAUUGUGCCAGCUGAGAGCCCAGAAGGGCCUGAAAUAGCAAAUAGUCCUUUCCUGCCUAUUGAGCAAGAGUUCCUUGACACGGAGGAGACAGAAACAGAUGAAUCUCUGCAUAUGAAUGCAUAUGGGGGAAAUGAAGUAUUACAAACUGAGCAUUCAUACUGCAAACAAGACAUAGACAGAGAUCACCUUUGGCAAAAAAUUUCAAAGCUCCACUCUAAGAUCACUCUACUUGAAAUGCAGGAGAUAAAAACUUUGGGGAGACUCAGGUCCUUAGAAGCUCUUAUUGGGCAAUUGAAGCAAGAAAACCUGCUUUCUGAGGAAAAGCUGAAGAUUGUAGAAAACUGCUUUACAACGCUUGAAGUGACCAUGAUACAGUAAAGGCUUUCAAUGAUUGUUCUAAAAUAUCUUUUUAGCCUCUUUGGCUAUCUGUUUGUACAAAGUAACUUUUGUUUCAGUCGUGGCAUUUUAAGAAUCUAAUGCAAAUUGUGUGAAUAGCAAAUAUUCUUUAAAAUGUUAUAUCAACCACUACCAAAGCUGGGUUGUAGAAUAGUGUCUAUAAAACAUCACUUGCAAGUAGGCU